AUGCCUAUCGUUCAAGAGACGCAAACGGAACAAACAGAGCCGUUGGAUUUAUCACUGCAAAAAUUGAGUAGAGAACAAGCGCCGGAUUUGUGUUUAUUAGCCGAAGUAGCUGCUAAAAUAUAUACACAUGAAUUUAAAGGUCAAGUUUUAAUAGUCAAAGAAGUGGAUGCUGAAGGAAAAAGAAAAAACACAGAAGAAAUCGCAGGGAAGGAGUCGAAAAGGAAGAAACUGCAGUGUGGUCCAUGUCAAAAUGAAGUAAUAAGUAUGGAUGAUAUGGAAACUAAUACUAGUAAGAAGCUUCGUAUUUGUCCGACAUGCAACAAAACCUUCUCUUACCUAUCAACUAUGGAAAUUCAUAUGAGAUCUCAUACCGGUGAAAAGCCGUACGAUUGUCUCACAUGCAACAAAAGCUUCCCCCGUUUAUCAACUUUGAACGACCAUAUGAGAACUCAUACUGGUGAGAAGCCGUACGAUUGUCUCACAUGCAACAAAAGCUUCUCUCGUUCAUCAACUUUGAACGGCCAUAUGAGAACUCAUACUGGUGAGAAGCCUUACGUUUGCCCGAUAUGCGGCAGGAGUUUCUCUCAAUCAUCAAGUGGGAAGAGACAUAUGAAAACUCAUACAGGUAAGUCUUACAAUUAUCCGUUAUGCGAGAAAAGUCAAUAA